AUGCCGGCGCAUCUGUACAACAAGCCUAGCUGGCUCCUGGCGCCAGACCCGUCGACACUCCCCAUCCCAGCGUUCAACGGCGCUGCGAGGGUCACUGUACGAAGGCAGGAACGCGUCGUUGUCCAUGCCACCGUCUCCGUCCCCGCCCCCACUCCUACAUACAUCCUCGUCUCCUCCUCCCAUUCCUCACCUUUUUCUAACUCGUGUAUUUUCCCUCCACCUCCAAGAUACGCGGAAAUGAUGGACAUGCACGGCGACCUACCGCUCGCCGAAGCAAUGAGACGUGCGCGAGCGAUUGACCCAAUAGGCUACGCCGCCGAAGUUAUUCAUCCUGAACACCGCCUACCGCCAUCAUUCGACGACAUUCGCCGCAUGGAGCCUCACCUAUCUUGGGUCGAUGCGAUGAAACGAGCCGAUAACAUCGAUCAGACUGCUUUUGCCAGAGACCCGAUUUCUCAGCCAAGGCCGGAGGGGUUAGAGGCCUUGCUUAGACCAUCCCAUGAAGCCACUAGUCUCAUAGGUGCUCGGUUGGCAUACGGUCCAACCAUUAACUCGCCGGAGCGGACAUACAUGACCUAUACCGGGUCCUUGAUGAAGGCAGAAGAGGCCUUGACCUCUUUGCUAUUUUUGUCUUCUACCAAAGACAAAUACAGCAAAGAGCUCAAGGCCUUUGCCACAUUCAUCGCGAUCUGGUUGCAUGCAACGGUCACGAGUGAAUUCAGAACACAACCAAACGCUAAUUCAGCGCGCAUCUGGAAAACAUGGUCGACAUUUAGCGAAGUCGUCAUUGUUAUCCAAGCAAUCAUGGAAAUACUGGCGCUGGACUACAUCACGGUGUUUCACAGCUUGGUAUACAUUAAGAGACUAUUUGGAGGUUGCUAUAUCCGUGAAGACGAGGCUUACCUCAGGAACGCUCCUACCAUUAUCGCGCGAAUAUUCUUUGUCGGCUGUUUUCUAGGUUUCAAAUAUUCUCGAGACAUCUACUCGAAGAGAUCCUGGGCUUCGGCCAUGGACAUCGACCAUUGUACAGUGGAAAAAAUCGGCCGCCAUGCUUUACGUGGUCUUGGUUAUAGGCUCGAUAUAUCACCCAACGACUGGAAAAUAUCCGUCGGAGAUUUGCGCCAAUUUGCGGCGACCUGUUCCUUCUCUGGCGAAAGCGUCUACACGCGAACGGUCGUCAACGACAUCUUCGACAAGCUUGAGAUCAACUCACCUCCCGGCAUUCCUCUGAGAGCAAGAACAGGACGUAGUGGACAAGGAACCAUUGAGCCGCCAUCGUUCACCGAUAUUUCAGGCAUCUUCAUUGGCGCGGCAUAUAUUCCAACAAUUGUCCUGCAAGCGGCAGAAGAACAUCCUGCUGCACCUUGGGAUAUCGGGCAGCGAAUAGGUCCUGACGAGCAUUUGCUUGGUGUGUCGGCAGAGCGUCCUGCGAUUUGGAACGGACGUAACACUGUUGGUGGUAGCAUGGCGAUCGGACCACACAUGGGUCCGGAUACACAAUUCUUCAGCAGGCAGGAGGCCUCGACGUGGAAUGGGGACACCUUCUUGCCUAGUGAUGAUACACAACGCAUACAGCCUGAUUCGGCGGCUUUUUUCGGUGCGCAGGAGGAUAAAGAGAAUGACCUUACGGUCAGGCGCAGGACUGCGAUGAUGGUCGGACAGCGUUUAGGACCUGACGCAGAGUUCCUCGAAAUGCAGAGGCACUCUUCUGCGUCUUGGAGCAACAAGGAUUCCCUACAUGAUCUUGCAAUCCGAUAA